AGGGGGGACGAGUGAAAAGAACCCUAAUUUAAUUGGACGAGGAAGAUGACGUGGUUGUUCCGAGGAAGCAAUGUUGUUUCUAAGAUGGGGAGAAGAAGAGCACAGCCUCGUGAUUUUUCAUCCGUGAGUGAGAAAGAUGUGCCAAUGGGAGAUUUGGAGCUGUUUGUGAACAACGUGGCUGGACUUUGCUUUAAAGGUGUCUCCGGUGUUGUUGGAUUCGUGCUCGCUGGUUUGACAGUUCCUGGAGUUUCAGAGAAUGUUAAGAACGACGAAAAGAUGAUCAUACAUAUGAAACAAAACAAUGAUAAACGCGAACUGAACAUGGAGGAAAUGCGGAUAGAGCAGCUGGAAAGGAAUCGCAAACACCUUUCGAGGAAAACAAGAUAUGCCUAUCAAGGAAAUGAAGAUAGCUCCUCCAUCUGAUUUGAUUUAUUACCAGCGAUCAUCAAACUAUCUAUAUCCUCUUAACCUUUGUCACGUCUUGGGAUUUUCAUGUGUGUGUCUCUCAGAUACUUCAACGUAUAAUGCAGGCAGUGCCAUCUGAUUUUUUUUUUCUUUCUCAUCUUUACUCUUCGUUAGCUUCUAGGUGAGGGCCAAACAAGACAUCUUCCAUCUUUCUUCUUCAUUAGCUUCUAAGUAAACAUAUAUAACCUUUCUUUACAGUUUUUAGAUUUUUUUCAUAUGUAAUUCAGUGUGGUUUUGAUUAAAUAUGAUAUAUCCCUU